AUGGUGGAUGCUGAAAGAAAGAGACAACUAAUUGAUGUGAUGAUAACUGAUGUCUCCCUGGAGGACAUUGGCAAUGGAGAGAACAAUAGGAAUCAUGCGAGGAUGGAAGAGGAUGUUACUGAUGCAAACAAAAAAGGUGGAACUAGCAGGUCAAUUAGUCAACUGAGCUGGAGUAGACAAAUAGUGAGCAAUUAUGGAAUUCAUGACCUAGGGUUUAAAGUCUAUAGAUUCACUUGGACAAAUGGAGGACAAAACUUGGAGAAUACUAAAUGUCAUCUCAAUAUGGGAUUGGCAACCUCAGAGUUUGCUACAAAAAUUCCUCUACCAAAGCUCUCCACCUCCCUCGGUUUAGGUCUGAUCAUAUUGUCAUUUGUAUUAACCUAUAGGACCCUCUGGUGUGCAAUUAAAAUAAUAAGGUCCAACUAUUUAGAUUUGAAGAGGUUUAGACUAAGGAAAUAUAUGUGA